GAAAGUCGGGGGAGGGGGGGGUUAUGGGAAGCGAAAAUAUCAGUACCAGAGUUCCAUUCGACCCGAACACCUCGCAUACUGACAACAAUUACCCACACAGAAACGAGCAAUCCCACCUAUUACUGUUUAACAUUCAUUUAUUCAAGCUGCCCACAAGUCUCGCGGUGUUACCAUUCAGACAUCUUGCAUUUGAUUAAGUCGAGUCUCACAGCUUUUUGUCAUUAUACUCUCAUUGAUCCCGUCUAUAUACAAACACAAAACACACGGAGGCUAGUCUCUGAAAGUCAUAUUGCUUCUCGUCGGCUGCAACGGAUGUAAGGUUGGAGGCUGGACCGAGCUUCAUGUGCUAUUUCCGCGGAGUGUAGACGGUUUCUCGCGGGGCUCUCUCGCUGUAUUGUGCGUCAUCUCCAUCACUGCCGCCUUUCUAUUUUCUCCGCUGAGGGAACAUGGCAACUCCCGCUGCAGUCAACCCGUCCGAAAUGGGCGGUGAGUUGCCAGGGACAGUAGCCAUGGCUGGAGCAGUUGGAUCCAGCCAGGUGAGGAUGGGGGGAACUGUAUCAGGCCGGGGCGGCAAGAGAAGAUCAGGAGGAAUGGACUUUGAUGAUGAGGAUGGAGAAGGACCCAGCAAAUUUUCAAGAGAGAAUCACAGUGAGAUUGAGCGACGUCGGCGCAAUAAAAUGACCCAGUACAUCACCGAGCUGUCAGACAUGGUCCCUACUUGUAGUGCCCUGGCACGAAAACCUGAUAAACUGACUAUCCUGCGCAUGGCUGUCUCCCAUAUGAAAUCUAUGAGGGGAACUGGCAACACGUCGACUGAUGGGGCCUAUAAGCCCUCAUUUCUUACUGAGCAGGAGCUGAAGCACCUGAUACUGGAGGCAGCAGAUGGCUUCUUGUUUGUGGUCGCUGCAGAGACUGGCCGGGUCAUCUAUGUGUCGGACUCUGUGACACCGGUGCUGAACCACCCUCAGUCUGAGUGGUUCGGCAGCACCCUGUAUGAGCAGGUUCACCCUGAUGAUGUGGACAAACUGAGAGAGCAGCUCAGUACCUCAGAAAACUCAAUGACGGGAAGAAUUCUGGACUUGAAAACGGGAACAGUGAAGAAGGAGGGACAGCAGUCCUCCAUGAGGAUGUGCAUGGGCUCCAGGCGCUCCUUCAUCUGCCGCAUGAGAUGUGGAAGUGCGCCUCUAGAUCACAUCUCACUUAACCGUCUGUCCAACAUGAGGAAGAGAUACAGAAAUGGCCUGGGACCAUCUAAAGAGGGAGAGGCUCAGUACUCUGUGGUGCAUUGCACUGGAUACAUCAAAGCCUGGCCCCCUGCUGGAAUGACUAUACCAGAAGAAGACACAGAGGCAGGCCAGACAGGAAAGUACUGCCUGGUGGCAAUUGGGAGACUGCAGGUAACCAGUUCUCCAGUCUCCAUGGACAUGAAUGGGCUGUCGGUGCCCACAGAGUUCCUAUCACGUCACAACUCAGAUGGUGUCAUCACCUUUGUGGACCCACGCUGCAUCAACGUCAUUGGUUACCAGCCUCAGGAUUUGUUAGGGAAAGACAUUCUGGAUUUCUGCCAUCCUGAAGACCAGAAUCACUUGAGAGAAAGUUUUCAGCAGGUGGUGAAGCUCAAGGGUCAGGUCCUUUCUGUGAUGUAUCGCUUCCGGAUAAAGAACAGGGAGUGGAUGCUGAUCCGAACAAGCAGCUUCACCUUCCAGAACCCAUACUCCGACGAGAUUGAGUACAUCAUCUGCACCAACACCAACGUCAAGCAGUUACAACAACAGCAGGCAGAGCUUGAGGUUCACCAGAGAGAUGGUCUGACAGCCUACGAUCUUUCCUCAGUACCUGUGGCGAGUGUCAGCAGUGGAGUGCAUGAGGCAGGGAAGGCCAUCGACAAGACCGAGGCUUUGUUCUCCCAGGAAAGAGACCCACGCUUUGCGGACAUGUACACCGGCAUCUCUGGCUCGGGGGAUAAAAAGAUGAUGGUUCCCUCUUCCACUGCAGGAGCACAGCCGCUCUACUCGCAGAACUCUCCCUUCCAACAGGGGCACUCUGGAAAAACUUUCAGUUCCUCUGUGGUCCAUGUUCCAGGGGUGAGUGACAUCCAGCCCUCGGGCUCAUCCAAUCAGAACCUAGCUCAAAUCUCCAGACAGAUCAACCAAGGCCAGGUGGCAUGGUCUGGCAGCCGCCCACCCUUCUCCGGACAGUCCAAUAAAGCUCAGUCCAGUCCAUUUGGGAUUGGCUCUGGCCACAGCUAUCAGACUGACCCAGCCUCCUACAGCCCACUGUCGUCCCCAGCGACCUCCUCCCCUAGUGGGAAUGCCUAUUCAGGCCUGACCAGCCGCAGCACAGCUUUUGAUGUUCCAGGGGAAAGUGGUCAAAGUGGAGCCCAGUUCCAGGGUCGUCCCAGUGAGGUCUGGUCUCAGUGGCAGAACCAGCAUCACUCCCAGCAGGCUGGGGAGCAGCACACACACACCAACCCCAGUCAGACAGAAGUCUUCCAGGACAUGUUACCCAUGGCUGGAGAUCCCACCCAGGGAACGGCUAACUAUAACAUCGAGGACUUUGCUGACCUCGGCAUGUUCCCAAACUUCUCUGAGUAGCUCCAGCCUCUCUGCAGCACUCCUCCUCUCAAAGCUGGACUUGUGUGCUUCGUUUUUGUGUCGCUGGUCCACCAGCACGCAGCCAUAAGGAGUAUCAUCACCCACAUCCUGCCACAGUGUUGGCCUGCUACCAUACACAUACCUCAUCAGUCAGCCCUGUUUGUUGUCACGGCGACGGAGACAAUCGUUGUCAGUCUUGCUGUCUGACAUCGCAUCCUGUCAGAUCAGAGACAUUGUGUCCUCAGUUAACUAAAGGGUGCUCUGCUGUCAACAGCUAUGGCUCCCGCUCAGUCCAGCAGUGACACAUUGUCCUCAGCUCUUACUAAAUGUAAAAGUGCUACAGACAGGGUGCCGAUGCUUUGAGAUUUUAGUUUCUUUUCAGCUUCAAGCUCUGUGUGGAUCACAUGACCUACAGUAAUGUUUAACGUCUGUGUGCCAUAUCUGUUAUCUUUGACCUCUUCCUUUAGACUUUCUUUCCUGUCCCCACACCUUCAAGAUUGGUUAGUGUGUUUUACACAAUAUGACAGACACCAGGCUGCUCCCUCUCUGAUGGCUGACUGUCUUUUCGAUUGACUCAUCCUGUCCCACAAUUCACACUGAUAUAUGUGAAGGUCCAAAGAGCUGGUUCUGUUGGACCAAACUAUUCAGUAAGGGUGAUAUAGAUCUUCCAGAGCCAGGAUCCCUGCCAUGCAUCUUAGUUUGGAAUCAAACUGAAACCCUUUUAGUGGAAUUUGGGAGUUUCUCCAGAUUGAUAGAUUCUGCACAACCUGUUUUUUUUCUUAAUGUCUUAAGUGAUACUUCACAUUUAGCAACGAUUAAAUCACUGCCUCUGAACACUAAGACAGAUUUGACUUUUAAAGCAUAUUUCUUUAAUGGGAAGGAUCGGGAAGAGCUCGGUAUAUGUUUUUUUUAGCUAUAUCAUCUCACAGUACGUGCUGCUUUCUUUCAUCAGCUCUCGGCAGCAUUCCCUUCCCACUGGAAGGAGUCAGAAGGAGCUUGUAACAGUAGCUCUGUGAACUCCAUCAUGUUGGCAUUCAGCCAUCCCUGAGGGUGCACAAAACGAUGUGCUUCAUCAACCUGUUCCCACCAACAUGUAUACAGGUGUGUGUAUGUGUUUGCUGCAGCACUGUGUACACCAUCUCCCCCUCUGUAAAGAGCAGCAGAAGAAGGUCUGUUGCCAUCGUCGUGCUCUCAUUAACCUUGUUGUGUCUCAUGAAUGUAGUGAUGUCCUGAGCUGUAAAAAGAAUAGGUCUCUGUACAUAAAACAAAAAAGAAAGCUGAGCUAAAAGUGCACUUCAUAAAGCUAAGCGCUAAUCACAGCAGCCUGCUUUCAAAUGGAAAAGAUGCAGCAGUAUUCAAUAGUAUAGACUGUUUGCUGUCUCCAGCUCUCACCACUUGACUCUCUUCUUUUCUAAUAUUUUGAACAAUGAGAAGGCUGAAAAAUUAUUUCAUGUGGGGCUUUUACAUCAUGGAUUGUAUGACUUGUAUGGCAAAUGAGAAAACCCUCAAAUAUCACAGUCCUUUUGCUAAAGAUCUCAAAUUGGUGUAUUUGUUUUUUGUAAAUAAUGUGAUUUUUAUGUCGACUAGUGUUACUUUCACACAGUACAUUUUUGUGUAGGUCCUAAUGAUAUUGUGUGCACUGUGAGUAUGUAUUUAACUAUUGGUAUUUAGUUAGCUGAUUCAUGUACACUGAGUUGUAGACCUGUAUAAACUGUGCAAAUGUGACUCAUUCUUUUGUGUAACAAACUGUCCGUGGCAAUAAAUUCCUCCUAGCUUUGGGGUGUCCAUUCAAA